AUGUCAUCAAGUGUAAUCAGAGGGCAAUCUACUUCGCGCUCUUCGGAGAGAAGUUUAGGACGAGAAAGCAAACACUCUUUCUUCCAGCUCAGACUCUCCGAGUUGGUUCACCGAGUACACGGAUUUUUAACUUCUUUACUCAUUUUCAUCCUCAGUCUCGGACCAUUACCUCGACAUGUGGGAUUCGUGAUGGAUGGGAAUCGAAGAUAUGCUCGUGGAAGAGGAAAGAGGGCCGUUCAGGGACAUACAGAUGGUUUCACUUCUCUUCGUAGGGUGUUGGAGAUAUGUCUUCGUCUCAAUAUACCCGUAGUGACAAUAUUCGCAUUUUCCAUCGAAAAUUUCAAUAGACCAAAAGAAGAAGUUGAUGCGUUGAUGAAUCUGGCGAAAUCACGUUUGAUGGAAUUAUGUACUCAUGGGGACCUACUACAAACAUAUGGCGUCAAGAUACGUUUCAUAGGGAAUCUUGAUAUGUUACCUGCGGAUGUACGGGAAGCGGCGAGGAAGAUGGAAGCGUUGACAGCUGAUAAUGAUCGUGUGGUAUCGACCGAAACGGUGUUUGAAAAUCUACAAACUUCACGAGCUAUCUCUAGACUGGACAAAGGGGGAGAUGGCAAGGUGGAUAUAUUGGUCCGAACGUCUGGGGUAAAGAGACUGAGUGAUUUUUUGAUGUGGCAAUGUUGCGAGGAUACACAAAUCCAUUUUGUCCGGACACACUGGCCAGAGUUUGGCUUGACAGACAUGUUACCGAUUCUCUUGGGCUGGCAACAGAAGGUGUGGAUGUCGUAUUGGGGUAUAUGA